GAUCUUUGGCUUUAGGCUGUUGAAUGCUGCACUUCGGUCAGUUUCCGCAGUCAUGGCGGAGGGUCCUGUCGUUAUCCGGCGGGCGGACGUGCAGCGCCUCCUGCUGUACUCCGAGCUGAUCCCCGCUUUGGAAGAAGCUUUGGGGAAAUUCUCUAAACGGGACAGUGCGGCGGUGAUCCAGCCGGUGCGAACCACCGUCCCGCUGCAGAAACACCACGGGUUUUUUGGGGUGAUGCCUGCGUACAUGGAGCAGGACGGGAUUCUGUGCACCAAGAUGGUGUGUUUCUACAAGAGGGAGCCCGGUUCCGACCUGCCGUCCACGCAGUCCACGGUGCUGCUGCUGGAUCCACAAGUCGGAGACGUCAAAGCUGUCAUCGACGGUGAGGUCAUCACAGCCAUGAGGACGGCUGCAGUCUCGGCCAUUUCUGCUAAGCUCCUGAUGCGGUCUGAAGCGGAGAUCCUGGCCAUCCUGGGAACCGGCCAGCAGGCCUUGAGUCACUACCACAUCUUCACUGAAAUAUUUUCAUUUAAAGAGGUGCGCGUGUGGAGCCACACGCGAGAGGGUGCGGAGCGGUUCAGGCACUCUGUCAGUGGUCCUGUAACUACAUGUGAUUCUGUGGAGGAGGCAGUAAAAGAUGCAGAUGCCAUAGUGACGGUAACCACAUGCACAGAGCCAGUGCUGUUUGGAUGCUGGGUCAAACCUGGAGCUCAUAUUGCAGCGGUGGGAGCCUGCAGGCCACACUGGCGGGAGAUGGACGAUGUGCUAAUGAAGGAGGCAGUGCUUUACGUUGACAGCAGGGAGGGAGCGAUGACUGAGUGUGGCGACGUCAUCUUAUCUGGGGCCGAGGUGUUUGCAGAGAAUUGGAACGUUCUAAAUGGAACAAAACCUGCCCACAGAGACCAGAUGACGGUGUUCAAAUCUCUCGGAAUGGGGGUGCAGGACGCUGUGUCAGCCAAACUGGUGUUUGACCACUGGAAGAAUGAAACUAACCUUUACACAGACGACAAUCUUAAAUCUUCAUAUUUCGACUUGAGUUUAACCUCAGAAGUUAAUAUCAAAUGAGCACUACAAAUGUGAACUUGCCUUCUUUAAUAUAGAUUUUCUCAUAUUGUGCUGCUGUUUGAUAACACCGGGAAAAUACCUUCAGAUUUACUAUCAAUUUAUUUUAUACAGUGCCAUCGCCCCAAGGGACUCUACUGUAAAGUACGGACUGCAUGGAGACCGUGGAGCUCGACUGGGGGCUUAAAGCACAACCCUUGAUCCAUGCACAACCCUAUCCCUAUGUUGCGUGCUUGAAACUUGACAGUUGCCUCCUUUGCAGCUUUGAUGCCGUGAUGUCCACCUUUAUGUUAUGAUAAUGACGGCAGUUCAUUCUUAUUGGAUGACGGAUGAAAUGGCAGAAUACGGUACCGUAACAAGUAGAAAGUUUGAAUUAAAUAUGGACAUUAACAGACUUCUCUCUGAGGUUGAAUGAUUAUCUACUGUGCCUAAUCGGGAUUUCUAGAGACCUCGAAACCACGGGACCAGCGGUAGGGAGACAAUCUCGUUACCGCAUACAUUAAUGUCAUACGUUUUGGUCCAUAUCUCCUUUAAUAUUUGUCCUAUUGUGCUAAUUUUUAAAAUGUGUUCUUCACGUAAUUCUCUUUGAGGAUCACAUAUUAUAGGAUUAUAAACUGAGCUUGAGGUCUGUACUGGAAAAUAUAUGUGUUCAUGUCCGACUUGGUUUUUCUCAUCGUGUUUUUUUGCUUUCUGGUUUGUAAUAAAUGUGAUCCACGAUCCGGA